UGUUCCAGGGAGGAUUUUCGUAAGGAAUACCAAGACGCUAAUCCUGAUGUCAAGUCAAUGCGCGAUAUUGGGAAAGCAUGCGGGGAGAAGUGGAAAACAAUGACAUAUGAGGAAAAGGUGAAGUACUAUGAUAUUGCCACUGAAAAACGAGCAGAGUUUGAUAUAGCUAUGACAAACUUCACUAAGAAAAAGGAGAGUGGUGAAUUUGAUGAAGAUGAUUCGCAACUUGAUGACGACUCAGAUUUCGAUGGAUGAAACUGUUACGAUAGGUUUCCCUCUCUGUUGCAUGAUUCAAGUGCUGGGAGUUGCCUUUUUGUAAAUUGAUGGUUUGAAGUUUGAACUGUAUCUUAAGCAUCAAUUAAGAUAACACACACAACACACAUUGUAUUUUGUAUAUUUUGGUUUCAUGAAAUCAAGAAUUAGUGCUUCAGUACA